AUGAAAACGCGCGAGAUCGCGAUUCAACAACGUCAGCACGUGCUUGACACGAAAGAUUGGUAUCGGGUGAGCGAAGUGUACAAACCAAACGAUGCACAGUGGGCGCUACAAGCAAAAGCUGUACUUGAUCGGCUGCAGCUAGUAGUUGCUGAGAGGUCGAUUGCUUUCCACACAAAGAUCCAACCCACUGUCCAGUAUCUUGGCCGUUUGCUUGCUGUUCCCAAACGAGCGAUUGACACUUCGGCAGAGGAACUAAUCAGGGCAGGUUCAGCAGCUACCCUUUCUGCACUUAUCAAUCGUUUUAACCCGGUCCUCAGAAAAGUAGCUAACUUGGGCUGUUGGCAGGUUAUUAGUCCAGUGGAAGUUGGUGGUUUCGUGACAUCAGUCAACGAAUUAAUCACCGUACAGAACAAAGUGUACAAGAAACCAACUGUUAUCAUUGCAACUAAAGUGACAGGAGAAGAGGAGAUUCCAGAUGGAGUUGUUGCUGUACUCACCCCCGACACGCCUGAUAUUCUUUCUCAUGUCUCCAUUAGAGCGAGGAACUGCAAGGUAUGCUUCGCAACAUGUUACGACCAGAACCUGCUGAGGAAUCUCAAGCUUAAGGAAGGAAAAGCUGUAUCGAUUAAAAUCAAAUCGAUGGAUUUGAUUAUCCGUGACAUCAGUGCCUCAGAAUUGUCUCUCAGUUCGUCUGUUUUCUCUUCCAUUUUACGGAGAACAUCGACAUUGAAGAGGAAGACAUUCCGUGGGAAGUAUGCAGUUUCUGUUGAGGAAUUCACUACAGAGAUGGUUGGUGCAAAAUCUUGCAACAUUAGAUUCCUAAGAGAAAGAGUGCCCUCGUGGAUCAAGAUUCCGAACUCUGUGGCUCUUCCAUUUGGAACUUUUGAAGCUGUUUUGUCAGAAAAUAUAAACAAGGACAUUGCUAGCAGGGUAAUUGGCUUACACAAAUCUGUCUCUGGUGGUGAUCUUACAAAACUUAAAGAGAUACAAACUGCAAUACAGCAGAUGCGUGCACCUUUGUCUUUGAAAAAUGAAUUGGCAAGCAAGAUGCGAACUUCAAGAAUGUCUUGGCCCGGGGAUCAAAGCGAGGAAAGGUGGUCGCUUGCUUGGCAAGCAAUAAAAAGGGUCUGGGCUUCUAAAUGGAAUGAACGAGCAUAUGUAAGUUGCAGGAAAGCUAGCUUGAACAUGGACAAUCUACGCAUGGCGGUGUUGAUUCAAGAAGUCAUUUGUGCUGACUAUGCUUUUGUCAUUCACACGAAGAAUCCAUUAUCUGGAGAUGAAUCUGAGAUAUAUGCAGAAAUUGUGAAGGGCUUGGGAGAAUCACUCGUCAGUGCGUACCCAGGACGAGCUAUGAGCUUCAUUACCCGCAAGAACAAUCUGAAGAAUCCUAUUAUUGCGAGCUACCCGAGUAAGAACAUAGGCUUGUUUAGCAAGCCAUCCAUUAUAUUCAGAUCAGACUCCAAUGGUGAAGACCUGCAAGGAUAUGCAGGUGCUGGACUUUAUGACAGUGUAAUACUGGAUGAAGAAGACAAAGUUGUGUUGGAUUACUCCACGGAUCGAUUGCUGAUCGACAAGGCUUUCCAAGUCUCAGUCUUGUCGAGAAUUGCAGAGGCAGGGAAAAUCAUUGAAACCCUCUAUGGUUGUCCUCAGGAUAUUGAAGGGGUCGUGAAGGAUGGAGUGAUACAUGUAGUCCAGGCCAGGCCACAAAUUUGA